AUGUUGCCGUACCCUACAAAAUCUAAAAAGGAACAAACCCUGAUACAACACACUGCUCGAGCCACAAUAUCAAUGGCAGAAGUUCAACCUCCCUUGUUGCCAUUAGCUGCAUUUGAACACGAUGGUACGACUUGUAUGUCAGAGUCAUUGUUAUCCACUCCAACGACCACCGCUUCGUCUUUUCCGUCCAUGGAUCCUGACAUUCAUGAGAAUUGGUCAACCCCCUCAUCUGAUUCUCGGUCGUCGUUGCUCAACUCGUCGUUGGGUACUUCCCACUUACCCUGUGAAUCUAUGGAUACCUCGCAUUCUUCUCCUAGCUCACUUUCGAGUCCUAUACUGAGUGAUACGGCUUCCAUUCGCAAUUCCCGUUUACUUGCUCAUGAUAAUCUUGCUUCAGCGAGCAGUCAUCCUGACUUGAUUCUCGGCUCGUUCAAUUCACAUAUUCCUGCCAACAACGUUAUCCAUCCAAGUGGCUUUAAUCAUCCAUUAACAUCCACAUCCGCCUCCUCUUCUUCCUCCUCGCUGUCUUCCCUGUUGGUCGGUGCCGAUCCUCUCACCUCCCAGCUAGUUCCUCCUGCUGCCUCUGCUUUGGGUUCAAUUCCUCUCAGUGCCAUUCUUCAGCGGCUUCCUGGCGUUUGGUACAUCAUAUUUCUAAUCUUUGUUACCUUUGGUCCCGUCUACUCGCCUAUCCUGUUUUCCUUUUUUUAUCUUGUAAUGCAUGUCUUUUUUAUCAUCAAUAAUGUUCGCAUGGCACUAUCUGCUCGUACAAUGUAUCUUGCAGCCAAGUUGCAUUCAUCAACAGAUUGGACCGAAAAAUACUGUCAGACUACUGGUGCCGCCUCUGCUGCUGACCCGUCUAGAGAAUUGCCUCUUGAUGAUAUCAUGCAUGUGGUGAUUGUUCCUAAUUACAAGGAGGAAAUGGAAACGCUUUGCGAAACCCUCGAAGUUUUGGCCAGUCAUUCUCACGCAUUGACUCAGUACAAGAUCUGUCUUGCUAUGGAAGCCACUGAGGCAGGUUCCGAUAUUAAAGCACGGAAACUGUUGCGUCAGUUUCAGGACCAAUUUUAUGACCUUACUUUUACUAUUCAUCCUGCCGAUAUCCUUGGCGAGGUACGUGGCAAGUCCAGUAAUGUUUCUUGGGCCGCACGUGAAAUGGCUCAUCGCUCCUCUCCUUCCACUCGAGCAAGAGAGAUUGUAACAGUCAUGGAUGCUGAUACCUGUUUUGCCCAAGACUACUUUUCUGCCAUCGCAUAUCACUAUGCUGUUUCUAAACCCGCUGAUCGCAAAAUCACCAUGUUUGCUCCGUGUACUGUUUUUGAUCGUAAUGCAAGCAAUGUUCCCGUUUUUGUUCGAACGGCCGAUAUGGUUUGGUCUGCAGGUGUAAUGUCCAAUCUGAGUCCCUCGUCUCCUAUUAAAGUGCCUUGCUCAGCCUAUUCUCUUUCUAUGGAUCUUGCCGUUGCUGUUGGAUUUUGGGAUACUGAUCCUGGAUCAAUUGGCGAAGACAUGCAUAUGUAUCUCAAGUGUUUCUAUGCUACCGAGGGUCGUGUUUUAGUUCAUUCAAUUGCUUCGCCUGCCUCUCAAUGCAACAUUCAAGGCAGUUCUUGGAUUGACACCAUGCAGCAAAGAUAUACCCAGUCUAAACGCCAUAUGUGGGGCUCACUUGAUGUUGGUUACAUUGUUCGUCGUGCUUUAUUUGCUCUAUUUGCUCCUGGAUAUGAUGCACCUGCUGGUCAGCUGCAGGAAGUUCCCUUGAUUCGCUCAGAGGAAACUCGCGGUAGCCAAGAUGUUCAGAUAUCAAUCACUAAUAUGAUGCACUUGUUUCACCGUAUCUUUGAAGCCAAUAUGAUCAUGGGACAAGUAUUUAUGCUUGUCUUUAUCACAUCCAUCACCCUUCCUGUUGCAAAUUCCCCUUCCCCAUUCGCUGCUUCAUUUUGGUCUCUCUUAUCCGAACAAGAAGUUCAUCCUUACGUUAGCCUGGCGGCAAGUCUUGGAGGAUACAUUCGCACCAUCUGUGCAAUCCCCUUUAUCGUUAUGAUUUAUAAUUAUGAAAAAUACUUUUUUUGGGUUUCUACUGAGCGAUGGAUCUGGUCGCUUCGGGAGCAAGUGCGUCCAGGUAGUGGCCAACGCGUACAACCCCUUGGAAAACGCUCACAGCUUGUUUCUACUCGCAAUGUAUUUAGCCUACUUGACUGGCUUGCACUUCCAGCGUGUGGCAUUCUUUUCCUCGCAUCUCCACAAAUUCAUGCGCAAAUCCUUCAGCUCUUCACUGACCGUCUAGACUAUGCAGUUGCAUCAAAACCAACUCUUGCUGGAAAAUCUGGCGCUCAUCCGUCUGUUUCUUCUGGUUUAGUUCCCUUGGAUGCUGUUGAAGUUAUUCCACUCGAGUCUGUCCAACAUCAAAACUCGCCCUCUAUGAUGGCACAGUUGUCAAAAGAUGCUGCAGUGUCUUAUACUUCUAAUCACAAUUCUGGACAAUCUACUCUUACUGCAUCCCGUACCAAUACUGCAUCUUUAAAGCCUGCACCCCGAGGUGCUCGUCCGAUGCAAUCGCGAAACUCGAUUGUAUCUACUCAAGAUUCAAUCGACUGCAUCAGUACUGUUUCAUCGCGCGGUGACUCGGGGUUCUAUGAGUUUGACGAUUCUCAUUUCCCUGCUGAUGUACCACUUUCUCCAUCACAAUUCACUCCCGCCAUGUGGAAACAGUAUCGUCCUGCUCGAUCUACUCUGUCUUCAGAGUGGAGCGACGGGGAUGGAGAUUUCAACACCUCACCCACGGGUAGCGCCAACUAUACGUUGAACAUUGAAUGA